AUGUCUAGCUGGGGUAACGAUACUGCCACCGAGCAGCCUGCUGCUACAGGCUGGGGCAAUGGCACAGACACUGGCGGUGGUGACAACGGCGACGGUUCCGCAGCGCUUCUGAGGAGAAGCCCGCUGGUGACAAACGCGACGCACACAGAAGCUCCUAUGAGUGAUUGGGUCGAGAAGACCGCUUACAAUUAUGCCAAUUACAACGAUGACGGCGCUGGUGCUCCUGAUGUCACCUCCAUUACCGACGACUGGGGGGGCAAUACCCAGGUCUAUCACUACGACGGCGAGGAGGGUGAUCUUGGUCCUGUCCACCCUCCGCUAGAGAAGAUCCUCUUCGGUAACGAGGAUGAACGUGAGCUUACUGUUAUCGACUUCACCAAGAUCUCUAUCAUUGAUGUCUUGUAG